UCCACUUACUGUAAACGCUGCAUUUCCGCCAAGAUCGUCUCUAAGCCUGACUGGUGCCAGAGAAAUAAUAGCCAGCCACACCAGCCACCCCCGCCACAACACCAACCUGAAACAUCAACCAGCCUCCCGCUUUACAUCACUCUUCCCUGUGUAUCCCCGUUCAUCCUGUCUAGCUCAGUGCUCGCUCGCUAGCCUUUCCAUUCCUGUGACCAAGCUCUAGCUAGACAGUCUCCACGAGCCACUCGCGGCAAGAAACCUGCCUGUCCACGUCAGCCCAGACAGUUUCCUCCUGCUCUUGUUUGAGAAGCCUUUCGACGGUCAAGAACCCGCCUCUCUCGCCAUCCCGAGAGUCGCUUGUCACAGCCGCUGUGACGAGCGUGGGGGAGUGUCAGGGUUGAGAUAUAGCGUUGGGCUGAAGCUGUGAAACUGUGAAGGACACCGCUCCUCCCUUUGCCAGGAUCACACCGUGCGAACAGCUUGUCUAAUCCAUAUCCACUAGCAGCAAACCCUGCAAUGGCAUCCAUAUCCGCUUCGGUGGGGUCAGUCCUCCCACUGAGGCAAUCUGACUCUGCCCUCUGUUCACAAGCCGUCGGCCGAGGGUCAGAAACAGCAGACACAAGGCGAGCGGGUCUGUCGGCGUGGGACAAUGGCUGUGCGGGAAAGAAGCUCUCUUUGGCAUCCUCCCGUCUGUUGCGACAGAGCCAAUCCAAAAGCCGGACUGUCGCUCGCGUCACCCCAACCCUCUCGUCUGCUCAACCCGCGCCCUCCCUAGACAAGGAGAUCAGCGUCGCCGUCCCGGAUUUCGCCAAGGCCAUUCCUCUCGGCCGCCACACGCUCAACGAUCUGAUCACGCCCGUCGAGAACGACCUUCAGAUGCUCAACGAGAACCUCAAGUCGGUCGUCGGCGCGCGUCACCCGGUACUCAUGUCAGCCGCGGAGCAAAUUUUCGGCGCGGGCGGCAAGCGCAUGCGUCCCGCGCUGGUGCUGCUCGUGGCGCUUGGCACGGCGCAGCUCAUGGGGCUCGACGGCAUUCAGCCGAAGCAGCGGCGGCUGGCGGAGAUAUCGGAGAUGCUGCACACGGCUAGCCUGAUGCACGACGACGUGCUGGACGACAGCACGCAGCGCCGCGGCCAGGCCACCGUGCACCAGCUCUACGGCACGCGCGUCGCAGUGCUCGCGGGAGACUACCUGUUCGCGCAGUCAUCGUGGUUCCUUGCGAACCUGGACAACCUCGAGGUCAUCAAGCUCAUAUCGCAGGUAAUUGCGGACUUCGCCAACGGGGAGAUUCAGCAGGCGUCGAGUCUAUUUGACGCGGACCUGACCUUUGAGCAGUACACGGAGAAGAGCUUCUUCAAGACAGCCUCGCUCAUUGCCGCCAGCACAAAAUCCGCCGCUAUCUUCAGUGGCUGCCGGCCGGAUGCCUGUAAUGCCAUGUUCGACUAUGGCAAGCACCUCGGGCUUUCCUUCCAGGUGGUGGACGACAUUCUGGACUUCACCCAGACGACAGAGCAGCUGGGCAAGCCAGCAGGAUCCGACCUAGCCUCGGGCAACCUCACCGCCCCAGCACUGUUCGCCCUGCGCCACCCCACCAUCGGCCCGCAGCUGCGGGACCUGGUAGACAGCGAGUUUGUGGAGGAGGGGUCGCUUGAGCAGGCCGUGCAGCUGGUGCUGGCGAGUGGGGGUGUGGAGAAGGCGCGGGCCAUGGCUGAGGAGCAUGGGCGGAGUGCGAAGCGGUCCCUGGAGAUGCUUCCUGAGGGGGAUGCAAAGCGGUCGCUCUUGGGCAUGGUGGAUUAUGUGCUGGAAAGGUUGUUCUAGGUGGCUGGCUGGAUGGAUGGAUGGUGGAUGAAUGGUGAAUGGAUGGAUGGCAGGCUGUGUAGUGUUCUACUGGCAAUCUAGUAUUUUUGCAGUUGCUCUCUUGAUUCGGGCUUCCUGCUGUGUGUCUUGAGUAUGAUUACCUUCUGUCUUCCUGUGCUGCAGACAGGGAAUAGGUGCCAUGAGGUUGGGCAAGGGUUUGGUGCUUGGAUAGGGGAAAGUGAAGGGAAGAGAGGAGCUGUGAGCAUGGACACUAGUAUGGGUGGGAGGGAAGGUUUGGGAGGAGUGUGAUAUGAUGCUUGCCUACUGAAUUUAGGUGAUUGUAAAUAACAUUGCUCUGCUGGUGCUGAUUCAUAUAAGAG